AUGACGAUAAUAAGCCUAUUUUGCUUUCAUCUAAUUGUAUUCAUCGGCGGACUUCAGUUGGUGAGAAGUCAAGAAACAAGCAACUUUUCUUGUUCAGUACGACCAUCGCAAGCGGAUACAACAGCGAAAUUACAAAAUUUACGCACACAUUUAAUUAGUAAUAAUUUAUUUGCUUAUGUCAUCUUUUCCGAAGAUGAACAUGACAGUGAAUACGUACAGUUGCAUGACGAACGACGAGCUUGGAUCACCGGUUUUCUCGGUUCAGCAGGUACAGCUGUAGUUACACGGAACAAUGCUGCAUUGUGGACUGAUGGUCGAUAUUGGACACAAGCAGAAGAUGAACUCGAUUGUAAGAAUUGGUAUUUGAUGCGUCAAGGACAAUCCGAUGUUCCUUCAUUGAGUAAUUGGUUAGCAAGUCAAGUGAAUGGCACAUCUCCAUAUAAUCGAGUUGGUGUUGCUGCUCAAUUUGCAUCGUCCAGUUGGUGGUCAGGAGUAAAUGCUGCUCUCAAUGUCAAGAAUGCUUCAUUGGUUGAAGUUGCUGAGCUGAUUGAUUUAAUCUGGUCAACAUCUGAAAGACCACCGGCUGCAGCCAAUCCAGUGGCUCAUCACGCGCUCGAAUAUGCAGGUAGUACUUGGCAGACAAAAGUUUCGACUAUUGCUCAACUAGUGCGAGCGAAGAAAGCGAAUGCGUACGUUGUAACAGCACUGGAUGAAGUUGCAUGGUUAUUUUGCUUACGUGGGUCCGAUAUUCCAUAUAAUCCCUUUUUUAAAGCCUAUGCAAUGGUAUAUGCAAAUGAAACGACACACCUUUGGAUGAAUACAAGCCAGUUGGAUGCAUCAGCACAAGCAGAUUUACAGAAAGUGAAUCUCCAUCCUUACGGUUCGUUCUUAUCCGAUUUGUUAAAUACAGCUAGCCAAAGUGAUGUAUCACAAAUUUGGAUUUCAUCAUCCGCUUCCCAAGCUAUCUACAGUAGGAUACCUGCUGAAAAACGUAUCAUUGCUAGUUCACCUGUGGAAGUCACGAAAGCAAUAAAGAAUCCUGUAGAACAAGAAGGCGUGAGAAACUGUGGAGUUAGAGAUAGCGUGGCCCGUGUACGCCAUUUAGUUUGGCUUGAAGGUCAAUUGAAUCAAAAUGUUGCUAUCAAUGAAACACGCGCAGCGGAAGAACUCGAACGAUUUCAAAGUGAAGAGAGUCUAUUUCAAAUGCUUAGUUUCGACACAAUCUCAGCAUUUGGAUCGAAUGGUGCAAUAAUUCAUUACAGUCCAAAAGCGAAAACUGCUAAACAAAUCGACAGAAACGGGCUCUAUUUACUCGACGCCGGUGCUCAAUAUCUCGAUUGUACAACUGAUGUAACCCGCACACACGUGUUCGGAACGCCAACACAGGAACAAAAGAAAGCCUACACACUUGUUUUUCAAGGUUCAACUGACUUAGCCGAUGCUGUCUUUCCGUACGGAACAUAUGGCCGAAGUAUUGAUAUUCUAGCUCGUCAGUCCCUUUACAAAAAUUCCAUGGAUUAUAAUCACGGUACUGGCCAUGGUAUCGGUCAUUAUCUAUCAGUCCAUGAGGGACCUUCAUUUAUUGCCAUGAGUUAUAGUUCAAGUGAUAUUCCACUCACGGAUGGCUUAGUAUUUUCUGAUGAACCUGGAUUUUACCUUCCAGGAGAGUUCGGUAUUCGUCUAGAAACGGACAUCAUGGUGAAAAACUAUACAUUACCGAACAAUUAUGGUGGUUCCACAGUGCAAUUUCUUCACUUUGAAAUGUUAACAUGGGUUCCUUUCGAACGAAAUUUAAUUAUUUGUGAAAUGUUGACGAAAGCACAAAAGGAUUGGGUGAAUUGGUAUCAUACGCAAGUACGAAGCAAACUGGAAGGUACAAAUCGAUUAAAUAGCAAUGAACUAGCUUAUCUUCGAGAUAAAACACAAGAAAUAAAAUGUUAA